CCCCCGUGUAGGAGGAGCCUGUCGGGUUUCUGAAGCUCCGUGGAUCCGAGCGUCCAGGCAGAAACAUCGGGGAGAAAAACACGAAACCACGGGAGGAAAGUGGAGAAAACACGGAGAGAGGAGGCUUGGACCUGCAACGGAGGAGUGUGUGUCUUCAUGUGUGUGUGUGCAUUCUGCUAAACAGUGUACAGACUUGAAUCUGCAAAGGAGGAUUGUGUUUCAUGUGUGUGUGUGCAUCCCUUUGGGGAAGUGGAGCUCACUGUAACCCACCUGGAUCAGAAACAGGAGCCUGAUGCGCACCGGGCUGUCUCCAACGUUAAAGCCCAGAGUAACCGGGUGGCAGUGAACACACCACCGGAGGAGUUUAUUCCACUGUUAGUCUGACCACCACGUUUGAGACAUACGGGGAAAAGCUUGGGGAAAGGCGGGGUCGAACCGGCUCCCGAACCGGAUUAUUGCGCUCCUUCUGUGCCGAAUCACGCACAGCGACGCAGCGUUUUUUGGGGGGGCGGGGGGUUUUACAACUGGAAUUUAGAAACCUUCCACUGGAAACUCUUUACCCACUGCUGCGGACCUUUUUUAUUAUCUGUCCGCUUGUGGCCUCUGUUUCCCCCCCAGGUUUUUGAGGAGCACCACCAUCCGCUUUGGGACGCGUAUUUUGGGGAUAUUCUUUUCCCCAGCCGGGGUCGGACUAUGGCGGACGACGACAUUCUCUUUGAAGAUGUGUACGAGCUCUGCGAGGUCAUCGGCAAGGGUCCCUUCAGCGUGGUGCGGAGAUGCAUCAACAGAGAGACGGGGCAGCAGUUCGCUGUCAAGAUCGUGGACGUGGCCCAGUUCACCUCCAGCCCCGGACUCAGCACAGAGGAUCUGAAGAGGGAGGCCAGUAUCUGCCACAUGCUGAAGCACCCUCACAUCGUGGAGCUGCUGGAGACCUACAGCUCCGAUGGGAUGCUCUACAUGGUGUUCGAGUAUAUGGACGGAGCAGAUCUGUGUUUCGAGAUCGUGAAGAGAGCAGACGCUGGCUUCGUCUACAGUGAAGCGGUCGCCAGUCACUACAUGAGACAGAUCCUGGAGGCGCUACGCUACUGCCACGACAACAACGUCAUCCACCGAGACGUCAAGCCUCACUGUGUGCUGCUCGCCUCCAAAGAGAACUCUGCUCCGGUGAAGCUCGGAGGCUUCGGGGUCGCCAUCCAGCUCGGAGAGUCGGGGCUGGUGGCCGGAGGGCGGGUCGGGACCCCUCACUUCAUGGCCCCGGAGGUGGUGAAGCGGGAGCCGUACGGGAAGCCGGUGGACGUCUGGGGCUGUGGAGUCAUCCUCUUCAUCCUGCUCUCCGGCUGCCUGCCUUUCUACGGCACCAAGGAGCGGCUGUUCGAGGCCAUCUGCAGGGGGAAGUACAAGAUGAACCCCCGACAGUGGGCUCAGAUCUCGGAGAGCGCGAAGGAUCUGGUGCGGAGGAUGCUGAUGCUCGACCCGGCCGAGAGGAUCACCGUCUACGAGGCGCUCAACCACCCCUGGCUCAAGGAGAGGGACCGAUACGCCUACAAGAUCCACCUUCCAGAGACCGUGGAGCAGCUGAGGAAGUUCAACUCCAGGAGGAAGCUCAAGGGAGCUGUUCUGGCUGCAGUCUCAUCUCACAAGUUUAACUCUUUCUACGGAGACCCCCCCGAGGAGAUGCACGACUUCUCCGAAGACCCCACCUCCUCAGGCGCUGUCUCUCAGGUGCUGGACAGUCUAGAGGAGAUCCACGCUCUGACGGACUGCAGUGAGAAGGAUCUAGAUUUCCUGCACAGUGUUUUCCAGGACCAGCAUCUACACACACUGCUCGAUCUCUACGAUAAGAUCAACACCAAGUCGUCUCCGCAGAUCAGAAACGCUCCCAGUGAUGCUGUGCAGCGAGCCAAAGAGAGUUCCUCCCAGGACGAAGCCACAGACGCUUUGAAACAUCUGGAAUAUGUACUGGAAGAGAUCUCCUGCUACCCUGAGAACCACGAAGCUAAAGAACUCAGACGGAUACUGACCCAGCCUCAUUUCAUGGCUCUGCUGCAGGCCCACGAUGUAGUGGCCCACGAGGUGUACAGCGACGAGGCUCUGAGGGUGACGCCCCCGCCCACCUCGCCCUACCUGAACGGCGACUCCCCCGAGAGCACCAACGGAGACAUGGACCUGGAGAACGUCACCCGGGUGCGCCUGGUGCAGUUCCAGAAGAACACCGACGAGCCCAUGGGCAUCACGCUGAAGAUGAAUGAGUCGAACCAUUGCAUCGUGGCGAGGAUAAUGCACGGGGGGAUGAUCCACAGACAAGGAACGCUGCACGUAGGAGACGAGAUCAGAGAGAUCAACAGCAUCAGUGUGGCCAACCAGACUGUGGAGCAGCUGCAGAAGAUGCUGAGGGAAAUGCGAGGAAGCAUCACGUUCAAAAUAGUGCCAAGUUACCGGACCAUGGGCUCCCCGUGUGAGAAAGAGUCCCCCAACACCUCCAGACAGUCCCCUGCCAACGGCCACUCCAGCAUUAACAGUUCUAUCUUGGAUCUGCCGUCCACCAUCACGCCCAAAGGUCGUCAGAUUGAAUCCAGACCUCCAAUCAAGGACAAAUUGUCUGUGAAGAUCUACGUGCGUGCUCAGUUUGAGUACGACCCGUCCAAAGACGAGCUGAUCCCGUGCAAAGAGGCCGGGGUCCGCUUCCUGGUGGGCGACAUCAUCCAGAUCAUCUCCAAGGACGACCACAACUGGUGGCAGGGAAAACUGGAGAACACCAAGAACGCCACGGCCGGACUCAUCCCUUCACCGGAGCUGCAGGAGUGGCGGGUGGCAUGUAUAGCGAUGGAGAAGACGAAGCAGGAGCAGCAGGCCAGCUGCACCUGGUUUGGCAAGAAAAAGAAGCAGUACAAAGACAAGUACCUGGCAAAGCACAACGCAGUGUUCGAUCAACUAGAUCUGGUGACGUAUGAAGAGGUGGUGAAGCUUCCCGCCUUCAAGAGGAAAACCCUCGUUCUGUUAGGGGCCCAUGGAGUUGGCAGGAGACACAUCAAGAACACACUCAUCACCAAACACCCCGACAGAUUUGCCUACCCCAUCCCCCACACGACCAGACCUCCAAAGAAGGACGAGGAGAACGGGAAGAACUACUUCUUCGUGUCCCACGACCAGAUGAUGCAGGACAUCAGCAACAACGAGUACCUGGAGUACGGCAGCCACGAGGACGCCAUGUACGGCACCCGGCUGGAGACCAUCCGGCAGAUCCACCAGCAGGGACACAUCGCUAUCCUGGACGUGGAGCCGCAGGCCCUGAAGGUCCUUCGGACGGCGGAGUUCGCCCCGUACGUCGUCUUCAUCGCCGCUCCCACCAUCACGCCUGGCAUCAACGAGGACGAGUCUCUCCAGCGGCUGCAGAAGGAGUCGGAGAUCCUGCAGAAAACCUACGCCCACUACUUCGACCAGACCAUCAUCAACAACGAGAUCGACGAGACCAUCCGGCACCUGGAGGAGGCCAUCGACCUGGUCUGCACCACCAGCCAGUGGGUGCCCGUGUCCUGGGUCUACUGACCUCCACAGAGUCCCGCUCCACCUUCGGGCAAAACUCCCAUCAUUCCCUCUUCAAAGAAACAAGUCAAAACACUCUGACGGGAAACCUCUCUCUCUCUCUCUCUCUCUCUCUCUCUCUCUCUCUCUCUCUCUCUCUCUCUCUCUCUCUCUCUCUCUCUCUGCACACCGAACCCCUCGGCAAACUGUGAAUCAAAGCUCCUCUCUCUCUCUCUCUCUGUCUCUCUCUCUCUCUCUCUCUCUCUCUCUCUCUCUCUCUCUGGACUCUGUCUCGCCCCGACACGCGACCCGGUCCUCGUGUUGUAUAAAAAACUAAAGUGAAUAUUGUCAUGUCUGUUCUAGCUAGGAGGCAGCAUCUCUGUAGACGUUUGUUUUAAAGAGACAGUACUGACACCCUGACGUUGUAGUCCUGCUGGGUGUUGUAGUUCUUCAAGGGAGUAGGGUGUUCAGCACACACACACACACACUCACAUUAUUCCUUCUGGUUCUUUUCUAAGCUGCACAAUGUUGCAAGCUAACCCUCGGUACAAUCACCCCCCCCCCCCCCCCCGGUACUGUCUCUUCUAAAUAAAUCCAUAAGUGUUUUAGAGACUUGAAUGAGGUGAUCAUGCAUGUGGACAUGUGCAAGCUUCCAUGCUGUCAGUCAGUGUUCCCAGUGUCCCUCUGUGAAACCUCCAGAAGAAGACUCUCUAUAUAUAUUAUAUUACAAAAAAAAUCAAAAAACAUUCCAGUUGUUUGGAAGCUCAGCCAAGGGAAGCAAAAACAGGCGCAAGAAAAAUAAAGAACACCUACCGGACGAUGACUUGACACCUAUGCACAUCCCUUGCAUUUCAGGUGACAUUUCUAAACCACAGAUUUCUAAAUAAAGGAUAACUAAAAUGAUCAUGUAGUGAGAUGUGUUUGUAAAAAAAUAAAAUGAAUAAAAGUU